AUGGGUUCCAUGCCUGCUCCGUUGAGGGUCGCCAUCCUGAAGGCGUACGACAUCGAAGAGCCCAAGCACAGGGGCAUGGUCCAGUCCUUCCGCGACAACGUCCGCCGCUGCGUCCCCGACGCCAUCGUCGACGCCUACCAGCCCAUGAGGGACAUCGCAGAGCUGCCGGACCCGGCAAGCUACGACCUCGUCAUUAUCACCGGCGGCCUCAGCAACUUGUGCCAGGCGCCCUCGUUGUUCGAGCCCUGGGUCAGCGUCGUCCUGGAAUGGAUUAGACAGACCGUGGCGACACAGCACAUUACUAGGACCAAACUUAUGGGAGUCUGCUGGGGACACCAGGCUAUUGCUACGGCUUUGUCUGGGACUAUUGGAAGCUUCGAGUUCCCGAGGGUCGGCGUAGAGGAGCUCUCUCUUAACAAAGACGGACAAGCACUGUUCGGAAAGGAUAAACUUAAAAUUACAAAGUUCCACAAGCGUUUCGUCAAGGACGUGCCGCAAGGCUUCAGACCACUGGCCGCCGACAACGAGAUCCUCUACGCCGACUCGGGCCUCAUCCUGUCCAUGCAGGGACACCCGGAGAUCCAAGGCGAGCUCGCGCGGCAGCUCUUCGACUACGACGUUAAGUAUUACAGCCAGACGCUGCCGACCGAGGAGGACCUCCAGCGCUACUUCGCCGGGAUGAACGACAGCUUGGAGGACGGGCAGUUCAUCUUCAAGAAGGUCACGGCGUGGGCGGCUUCGUGA